GUCCGUCCGUCUGUCUGUCUUUAUGGGGGUAGGCGUCCGUCCGUCUGUCUGUCUUUAUGGGGGUAGGCGUCCGUCCGCCUGUCUGUCUUUAUGGGGGUAGGCGUCCGUCCGCCUGUCUUUAUGGGGGUAGGCGUCCGUCCGUCUGUCUUUAUGGGGGUAGGCGUCCGUCCGCCUGUCUGUCUUUAUGGGGGUAGGCGUCCGUCCGUCCGCCUGUCUGUCUUUAUGGGGGUAGGCGUCCGUCCGUCUGUCUUUAUGGGGGUAGGCGCCCGUCCGUCUGUCUUUAUGGGGGUAGGCGCCUGUCCGUCUGUCUUAAUGGGGGUAGGCGCCUCUCCGUCUGUCUUAAUGGGGGUAGGCGCCUGUCCGUCUGUCUUAAUGGGGGUAGGUGCCUUUCCGUCUGUCUUAAUGGGGGUAGGUGCCUCUCCGUCUGUCUUAAUGGGGGUAGGUGCCUGUCCGUCUGUCUUAAUGGGGGUAGGUGCCUGUCCGUCUGUCUUAAUGGGGGUAGGUGCCUGUCCGUCUGUCUUAAUGGGGGUAGGCGCCUGUCCGUCUGUCUUAAUGGGGGUAGGCGCCUUUCCGUCUGUCUUAAUGGGGGUAGGUGCCUCUCCGUCUGUCUUAAUGGGGGUAGGUGCCUGUCCGUCUGUCUUAAUGGGGGUAGGUGCCUGUCCGUCUGUCUUAAUGGGGGUAGGUGCCUGUCCGUCUGUCUUAAUGGGGGUAGGCGCCUGUCCGUCUGUCUUAAUGGGGGUAGGCGCCUGUCCGUCUGUCUUAAUGGGGGUAGGCGCCUGUCCGUCUGUCUUAAUGGGGGUAGGUGCCUCUCUGUCUGUCUUAAUGGGGGUAGGUGCCUCUGUCUGUCUUAAUGGGGGUAGGCGCCUGUCCGUCUGUCUUAAUGGGGGUAGGCGCCUGUCCGUCUGUCUUAAUGGGGGUAGGCGCCUGUCCGUCUGUCUUAAUGGGGGUAGGCGCCUUUCCGUCUGUCUUAAUGGGGGUAGGUGCCUCUCCGUCUGUCUUAAUGGGGGUAGGUGCCUCUCCGUCUGUCUUAAUGGGGGUAGGUGCCUGUCCGUCUGUCUUAAUGGGGGUAGGUGCCUGUCCGUCUGUCUUAAUGGGGGUAGGUGCCUGUCCGUCUGUCUUAAUGGGGGUAGGCGCCUGUCCGUCUGUCUUAAUGGGGGUAGGUGCCUGUCCGUCUGUCUUAAUGGGGGUAGGCGCCUGUCCGUCUGUCUUAAUGGGGGUAGGUGCCUCUCUGUCUGUCUUAAUGGGGGUAGGUGCCUCUCUGUCUGUCUUAAUGGGGGUAGGUGCCUCUCUGUCUGUCUUAAUGGGGGUAGGUGCCUCUGUCUGUCUUAAUGGGGGUAGGUGCCUCUGUCUGUCUUAAUGGGGGUAGGUGCCUCUGUCUGUCUUAAUGGGGGUAGGCGCCUGUCCGUCUGUCUUAAUGGGGGUAGGCGCCUGUCCGUCUGUCUUAAUGGGGGUAGGCGCCUGUCCGUCUGUCUUAAUGGGGGUAGGCGCCUGUCCGUCUGUCUUAAUGGGGGUAGGCGCCUGUCCGUCUGUCUUAAUGGGGGUAGGUGCCUUUCCGUCUGUCUUAAUGGGGGUAGGUGCCUCUCCGUCUGUCUUAAUGGGGGUAGGUGCCUGUCCGUCUGUCUUAAUGGGGGUAGGUGCCUGUCCGUCUGUCUUAAUGGGGGUAGGCGCCUGUCCGUCUGUCUUAAUGGGAGUAGGCGCCUGUCCGUCUGUCUUAAUGGGGGUAGGUGCCUCUCCGUCUGUCUUAAUGGGGGUAGGCGCCUGUCCGUCUGUCUUAAUGGGGGUAGGCGCCUGUCCGUCUGUCUUAAUGGGGGUAGGUGCCUGUCCGUCUGUCUUAAUGGGGGUAGGCGCCUGUCCGUCUGUCUUAAUGGGGGUAGGCGCCUCUCUGUCUGUCUUAAUGGGGCUAGGUGCCUCUCUGUCUGUCUUAAUGGGGGUAGGUGCCUCUCUGUCUGUCUUAAUGGGGGUAGGUGCCUUUCUGUCUGUCUUAAUGGGGGUAGGUGCCUGUCCGUCUGUCUUAAUGGGGGUAGGUGCCUUUCUGUCUGUCUUAAUGGGGGUAGGUGCCUGUCUGUCUGUCUUAAUGGGGGUAGGUGCCUUUCUGUCUGUCUUAAUGGGGGUAGGCGCCUCUCUGUCUGUCUUAAUGGGGGUAGGCGUCCGUCCAUCCGUGGGGUAGGUGUCCGUCGGUCCGUGGGGUAGGUGUCUGUCCGUGGGGUAGUAUGUUGUAGAGAGGGUGUGUGAUGGUUUUGUCAGCAUGUUGUACAGAGGUUGUGUGAUGGUCAGCAUGUUGUAGAGAGGGUGUGUGAUGGUCAGCAUGUUGUAGAGGGUGUGUGAUGGUCAGCGUGUUGUACAGAGGUUGUGUGAUGGUCAGCGUGUUGUAGAGGGUGUGUGAUGGUCAGCAUGUUGUCCAGAGGGUGUGUGAUGGUCAGCGUGUUGUCCAGAGGGUGUGUGAUGGUCAGCGUGUUGUACAGAGGUUGUGUGAUGGUCAGCAUGUUGUACAGAGGCUGUGUGAUGGUCAGCAUGUUGUACAGAGGGUGUGUGAUGGUCAGCGUGUUGUCCAGAGGCUGUGUGAUGGUCAGCGUGUUGUCCAGAGGGUGUGUGAUGGUCAGCAUGUUGUACAGAGGUUGUGUGAUGGUCAGCGUGUUGUCCAGAGGGUGUGUGAUGGUCAGCAUGUUGUAGAGAGGUUGUGUGAUGGUCAGCAUGUUGUACAGAGGUUGUGUGAUGGUCAGCGUGUUGUCCAGAGGGUGUGUGAUGGUCAGCGUGUUGUACAGAGGUUGUGUGAUGGUCAGCGUGUGGUACAGAGGUUGUGUGAUGGUCAGCAUGUUGUAGAGGUUGUGUGAUGGUCAGCAUGUUGUAGAGAGGUUGUGUGAUGGUCAGCAUGUUGUACAGAGGGUGUGUGAUGGUCAGCAUGUUGUACAGAGGCUGUGUGAUGGUCAGCGUGUUGUCCAGAGGGUGUGUGAUGGUCAGCAUGUUGUACAGAGGGUGUGUGAUGGUCAGCAUGUUGUACAGACGGUGUGUGAUGGUCAGCAUGUUGUAGAGAGGGUGUGUGAUGGUCAGCAUGUUGUACAGAGGUUGUGUGAUGGUCAGCAUGUUGUACAGAGGUUGUGUGAUGGUCAGCAUGUUGUAGAGAGGUUGUGUGAUGGUCAGCAUGUUGUACAGAGGGUGUGUGAUGGUCAGCAUGUUGUAGAGAGGGUGUGUGAUGGUCAGCGUGUUGUAGAGAGGGUGUGUGAUGGUCAGCGUGUUGUAGAGAGGGUGUGUGAUGGUUUUGUCCUGUCAGCAUGUUGUACAGAGGGUGUGUGAUGGUCAGCAUGUUGUAGAGAGGUUGUGUGAUGGUCAGCGUGUUGUAGAGAGGGUGUGUGAUGGUCAGCGUGUUGUAGAGGUUGUGUGAUGGUCAGCAUGUUGUACAGAGGGUGUGUGAUGGUCAGCAUGUUGUAGAGAGGGUGUGUGAUGGUCAGCAUGUUGUACAGAGGGUGUGUGAUGGUCAGCAUGUUGUACAGAGGUUGUAUGAUGGUCAGCAUGUUGUACAGAGGGUGUGUGAUGGUCAGCAUGUUGUAGAGGGUGUGUGAUGGUCAGCAUGUUGUAGAGGUUGUGUGAUGGUUUUGUCAGCAUGUUGUACAGAGGUUGUGUGAUGGUCAGCAUGUUGUACAGAGGUUGUGUGAUGGUCAGCAUGUUGUACAGAGGUUGUGUGAUGGUCAGCAUGUUGUACAGAGGUUGUGUGAUGGUCAGCAUGUUGUACAGAGGUUGUGUGAUGGUCAGCAUGUUGUACAGAGGUUGUGUGAUGGUCAGCAUGUUGUACAGAGGGUGUGUGAUGGUCAGCGUGUUGUAGAGGUUGUGUGAUGGUCAGCAUGUUGUACAGAGGUUGUGUGAUGGUCAGCAUGUUGUAGAGAGGGUGUGUGAUGGUCAGCAUGUUGUCCAGAGGGUGUGUGAUGGUCAGCAUGUUGUACAGAGGGUGUGUGAUGGUCAGCAUGUUGUAGAGGGUGUGUGAUGGUCAGCAUGUUGUACAGAGGGUGUGUGAUGGUCAGCGUGUUGUACAGAGGUUGUGUGAUGGUUUUGUCAGCAUGUUGUACAGAGGGUGUGUGAUGGUCAGCAUGUUGUACAGAGGGUGUGAUGGUCAGCAUGUUGUACAGGGUGUGUGAUGGUCAGCAUGUUGUACAGGGUGUGUGAUGGUCAGCAUGUUGUACAGAGGGUGUGUGAUGGUCAGCAUGUUGUACAGAGGGUGUGUGAUGGUCAGCAUGUUGUACAGAGGGUGUGUGAUGGUUUUGUCCUGUCAGCAUGUUGUACAGAGGGUGUGUGAUGGUUUUGUCAGCAUGUUGUACAGAGGGUGUGUGAUGGUCAGCAUGUUGUACAGAGGGUGUGUGAUGGUCAGCAUGUUGUCCAGAGGUUGUGUGAUGGUCAGCAUGUUGUACAGAGGGUGUGUGAUGGUCAGCAUGUUGUAGAGGUUGUGUGAUGGUCAGCGUGUUGUACAGAGGGUGUGUGAUGGUCAGCAUGUUGUACAGAGGGUGUGUGAUGGUCAGCAUGUUGUACAGAGGGUGUGUGAUGGUCAGCAUGUUGUACAGAGGGUGUGUGAUGGUCAGCAUGUUGUAGAGGUUGUGUGAUGGUCAGCGUGUUGUAGAGGGUGUGUGAUGGUCAGAGUGUUGUACAGAGGUUGUGUGAUGGUCAGCGUGUUGUAGAGGGUGUGUGAUGGUCAGAGUGUUGUACAGAGGGUGUGUGAAGGUCAGCGUGUUGUAGAGAGGGUGUGUGAUGGUCAGCGUGUUGUAGAGAGGGUGUGUGAUGGUCAGCGUGUUGUACAGAGGGUGUGUGAUGGUCAGCAUGUUGUAGAGAGGGUGUGUGAUGGUCAGCGUGUUGUCCAGAGGUUGUGUGAUGGUCAGCGUGUUGUAGAGGGUGUGUGAUGGUCAGAGUGUUGUAGUGGGUGUGUGAUGGUCAGCGUGUUGUAGAGAGGGUGUGUGAUGGUCAGCGUGUUGUACAGAGGGUGUGUGAUGGUCAGCGUGUUGUACAGAGGUUGUGUGAUGGUCAGCAUGUUGUAGAGAGGGUGUGUGAUGGUCAGCAUGUUGUACAGAGGUUGUGUGAUGGUCAGAAUGUUGUAGAGAGGUUGUGUGAUGGUCAGAAUGUUGUAGAGAGGGUGUGUGAUGGUCAGCAUGUUGUACAGAGGGUGUGUGAUGGUCAGCGUGUUGUAGAGGUUGUGUGAUGGUCAGCGUGUUGUACAGAGGGUGUGUGAUGGUCAGUGUGUGGUACAGAGGUUGUGUGAUGGUCAGCGUGUUGUACAGAGGUUGUGUGAUGGUUAGCAUGUUGUACAGAGGUUGUGUGAUGGUUUUGUCCUGUCAGCAUGUUGUAGAGGGUGUGUGAGGGUUUUGUCAGCAUGUUGUACAGAGGUUGUGUGAUGGUCAGCAUGUUGUACAGAGGGUGUGUGAUGGUCAGCAUGUUAUAGAGAGGGUGUGUGAUGGUCAGCAUGUUGUACAGAGGUUGUGUGAUGGUCAGCAUGUUGUACAGAGGUUGUGUGAUGGUCAGCAUGUUGUACAGAGGGUGUGUGAUGGUCAGCAUGUUGUAGAGGGUGUGUGAUGGUCAGCAUGUUGUACAGAGGUUGUGUGAUGGUCAGCGUGUUGUACAGAGGUUGUGUGAUGGUCAGCAUGUUGUACAGAGGUUGUGUGAUGGUCAGAAUGUUGUAGAGAGGUUGUGUGAUGGUCAGAAUGUUGUAGAGAGGGUGUGUGAUGGUCAGCAUGUUGUACAGAGGGUGUGUGAUGGUCAGCGUGUUGUAGAGGUUGUGUGAUGGUCAGCGUGUUGUACAGAGGGUGUGUGAUGGUCAGUGUGUGGUACAGAGGUUGUGUGAUGGUCAGCGUGUUGUACAGAGGUUGUGUGAUGGUUAGCAUGUUGUACAGAGGUUGUGUGAUGGUUUUGUCCUGUCAGCAUGUUGUAGAGGGUGUGUGAGGGUUUUGUCAGCAUGUUGUACAGAGGUUGUGUGAUGGUCAGCAUGUUGUACAGAGGGUGUGUGAUGGUCAGCAUGUUAUAGAGAGGGUGUGUGAUGGUCAGCAUGUUGUACAGAGGUUGUGUGAUGGUCAGCAUGUUGUACAGAGGUUGUGUGAUGGUCAGCAUGUUGUACAGAGGGUGUGUGAUGGUCAGCAUGUUGUAGAGGGUGUGUGAUGGUCAGCAUGUUGUACAGAGGUUGUGUGAUGGUCAGCGUGUUGUACAGAGGUUGUGUGAUGGUCAGCGUGUUGUACAGAGGUUGUGUGAUGGUUUUGUCCUGUCAGCAUGUUGUACAGAGGUUGUGUGAUGGUUUUGUCCUGUCAGCAUGUUGUACAGAGGGUGUGUGAUGGUCAGCAUGUUGUACAGAGGGUGUGUGAUGGUCAGCGUGUUGUACAGAGGUUGUGUGAUGGUUUUGUCCUGUCAGCAUGUUGUACAGAGGGUGUGUGAUGGUCAGCAUGUUGUACAGAGGGUGUGUGAUGGUCAGCGUGUUGUACAGAGGUUGUGUGAUGGUCAGCGUGUUGUACAGAGGUUGUGUGAUGGUUUUGUCCUGUCAGCAUGUUGUACAGAGGGUGUGUGAUGGUCAGCAUGUUGUACAGAGGGUGUGUGAUGGUCAGCAUGUUGUACAGAGGGUGUGUGAUGGUCAGCGUGUUGUCCAGAGGUUGUGUGAUGGUCAGCGUGUUGUACAGAGGUUGUGUGAUGGUCAGCAUGUUGUACAGAGGUUGUGUGAUGGUCAGCAUGUUGUACAGAGGGUGUGUGAUGGUCAGCAUGUUGUACAGAGGUUGUGUGAUGGUCAGCAUGUUGUAGAGGUUGUGUGAGGGUUUUGUCAGCAUGUUGUACAGAGGGUGUGUGAUGGUCAGCAUGUUGUACAGAGGUUGUGUGAUGGUCAGCAUGUUGUACAGAGGUUGUGUGAUGGUUUUGUCCUGUCAGCAUGUUGUAGAGGGUGUGUGAGGGUUUUGUCAGCAUGUUGUACAGAGGUUGUGUGAUGGUCAGCAUGUUGUACAGAGGGUGUGUGAUGGUCAGCAUGUUGUAGAGAGGGUGUGUGAUGGUCAGCAUGUUGUACAGAGGUUGUGUGAUGGUUUUGUCCUGUCAGCAUGUUGUAGAGGGUGUGUGAGGGUUUUGUCAGCAUGUUGUACAGAGGUUGUGUGAUGGUCAGCAUGUUGUACAGAGGGUGUGUGAUGGUCAGCAUGUUGUACAGAGGGUGUGUGAUGGUCAGCGUGUUGUACAGAGGUUGUGUGAUGGUCAGCGUGUUGUACAGAGGUUGUGUGAUGGUUUUGUCCUGUCAGCAUGUUGUACAGAGGGUGUGUGAUGGUCAGCAUGUUGUACAGAGGGUGUGUGAUGGUCAGCGUGUUGUCCAGAGGUUGUGUGAUGGUCAGCAUGUUGUACAGAGGUUGUGUGAUGGUCAGCAUGUUGUACAGAGGGUGUGUGAUGGUCAGCAUGUUGUACAGAGGUUGUGUGAUGGUCAGCAUGUUGUAGAGGUUGUGUGAGGGUUUUGUCAGCAUGUUGUACAGAGGGUGUGUGAUGGUCAGCAUGUUGUACAGAGGUUGUGUGAUGGUCAGCAUGUUGUACAGAGGUUGUGUGAUGGUUUUGUCCUGUCAGCAUGUUGUAGAGGGUGUGUGAGGGUUUUGUCAGCAUGUUGUACAGAGGUUGUGUGAUGGUCAGCAUGUUGUACAGAGGGUGUGUGAUGGUCAGCAUGUUGUAGAGAGGGUGUGUGAUGGUCAGCAUGUUGUACAGAGGUUGUGUGAUGGUUUUGUCCUGUCAGCAUGUUGUAGAGGGUGUGUGAGGGUUUUGUCAGCAUGUUGUACAGAGGUUGUGUGAUGGUCAGCAUGUUGUACAGAGGGUGUGUGAUGGUCAGCAUGUUGUACAGAGGUUGUGUGAUGGUCAGCAUGUUGUACAGAGGGUGUGUGAUGGUCAGCAUGUUGUACAGAGGUUGUGUGAGGGUUUUGUCAGCAUGUUGUACAGAGGGUGUGUGAUGGUCAGCAUGUUGUACAGAGGGUGUGUGAUGGUCAGCAUGUUGUAGAGGGUUUGUGAUGGUCAGCAUGUUGUACAGAGGUUGUGUGAUGGUCAGCAUGUUGUACAGAGGGUGUGUGAUGGUCAGCAUGUUGUAGAGGGUUUGUGAUGGUCAGCAUGUUGUACAGAGGUUGUGUGAUGGUCAGCAUGUUGUACAGAGGUUGUGUGAUGGUCAGCAUGUUGUACAGAGGUUGUGUGAUGGUCAGCAUGUUGUACAGAGGUUGUGUGAUGGUCAGCAUGUUGUCCAGAGGGUGUGUGAUGGUCAGCAUGUUGUACAGAGGUUGUGUGAUGGUCAGCAUGUUGUACAGAGGUUGUGUGAUGGUCAGCAUGUUGUACAGAGGUUGUGUGAUGGUCAGCAUGUUGUACAGAGGUUGUGUGAUGGUCAGCAUGUUGUACAGAGGUUGUGUGAGGGUUUUGUCAGCAUGUUGUACAGAGGGUGUGUGAUGGUCAGCAUGUUGUAGAGGGUGUGUCCUGCUCCU